AUGAUGAUGAGGGAAGUGGCAGCUUUAGGUGUUUUAAUUCGAAAGCCUGGAAGUAAAGAGCGUGGGCAGCUGCGGCAGCAGGUUUCUGAUUCAUUAAACAAAAACGGUUUCUAUGUUACAAGCAGAGGAGUACAAGAUCGAUUAUCUAAUAUUAUGAAAAAGCAUCGUGGUCAGGCAAACAAGGAAAAAAAACUUUCUGGUGAAGGUGGAGAAGAAAUAACUAAAUAUGAUACUUUUGUUGAAGAACUAAUUGAAGUCAGUGAUGACACAGAUGCUCAGAAAGAUGAAAAAUUUCAAGAAAAAAAAAAAGUAGAUGAGGAUCGUGUGAAAGCUAUAGAUAUAAGAAAUACUGCUAUGGAGCUUUAUAGGGAAACAAGGAAACAAAAAGCCCUUCAUAAUGAAGACAAGUCUCCAAAAACUUCUCGCAGAUUAUCAAAUGAUUCAUUAAUAUUUUUGCGUGAAAAAAUGGAAGCAGAUAAAGAAAAUAGACGCACUGAGCGAGAAGAAAGAGCUGAAGCAAGAGCACUUGCUCAGCAACAAAAAAAUAAUAUUCAAAAUAUGUUUAAUCAUAUGAUUGCUCAACAAACAGAAAUAUUCAAAAUAAUCGUGAAAGUUUAG